AUGCUCAGUUGUGACGGUUCUAUUGUCGGUCAUUCCCGGUUCCACGAUCUUACAAAAUUACUCGACAAAGCGGUCUCCAGACUCCUACUCCGGCCCACUCCAUCAGAUGUCACAUUAGACUCUAUAUGUGUGCUUCUUCUCUAUGCCCAGUGGAUGCCAUGCAGCAAAGAAGACGAAGAUGAAAAUACUGAACGCCAAAGUACCUACCGCGAGCCUGAGACCAAAAGUCGAUACAACGAAAUCAGCGCUUGGGUUGUCUUGGGAUUGGCAGAGCGAUACUCUGCUCUGCUAGGCCUCGAACAAUCAGCCACAUCACUUUUCAGACCCCCUAACAAGGUUCCAUCUACAGAGGACAUGAAAAAGCUACGAGUGUGGUAUAAUUUGCUGACAUGCAACUUCAACCUCAUGCUCACAUCCGGUCUGCCUGCAUCAAUUGAUCCUAGUCCGUCAGUACAGGUAGCGUGGAAAUUUGUCUCUCAUGAGCUGAUGCAGUCCCCUGCGGAUCUUCGAGUAAGGGGCCUUGUGGAACUUGUCGGAAUAGUUCAUGUUGCUAUGUCUAGUUGUGGGGAUAUAUCUGGCCGUCAAUUGCAAGCGAGUUGCUUGGAACGGUUGAACAGUGAUUUAGAUGAUUGGGAGAAAUCUUGGUUUUCUCGUUUAGGUGCGUUCAUAUGGCAUCUUAUCCUGUCAGUUAUUGACAAUCACCAGAGAACACGGAAUCCCAUUACGACCAUUUGCCAUUCACCUCGGCCCGGUGGUAUCGACUCUCCCUCAAUUGUGCUUCACUCGCACCACUACUUUCAUCCCCACGGAUACAUCGAUCGACAGAUUCAAGUAAACCACAUUUCCGACAAGCGCUUUCAUGUGUCUCCGGCCACGAGAUUCCAUUUUGCGCACGACUUCCAAGCCAUUGUUCACUAUGCAGUUGCUUUGGUACUAGUCUCUGAAAAGGACGAGCAGCAUAUUGAGGAAACAGAGAUUGAUGAUAUGGCAAUCCAGUCUCUACUGGAUUUGAUGAAUGAUUCCGGUGUUGACUGGGCGGGCAAUCUGUUUGGAGAGUCGCUUGAUUUCCCAGAGUUGAAUAUGGACGGGAUGCUUUCAUGA